CUAACAAGAUACACCUUUUAGAGGCAACGCUUUUUUUUAUACGCGGGAACGCGCUGGGACGCACAGCAUCGCACGGGAGCGCGCAGCGCGUAAACAGAAGUGGACUCGCGACGACCUCGGCACGAGCGCGCACUUGUCGCCAUGGCAACUGAGCGGCGGCGGCAGCAGCAGCAGCAUCCCUUCCAGUUCGUCCAGCGAGCGCGCGGACAGCUGAACUCGGCUAAACGUGCUUCCAAAAUGGCGCCGGGACGUCAAACAUUUGGAACGGUGCUGCUCUUCUUUUCGCUUUGUUGUGUGACGUCUGGUGUAAUUCUGCGAACUACAGACAAAGACGUGUGGGCCAAUGAAUUUGAGUCAAUCGAAUUGAGCUGCUUGAUCGAGUCCAUAUCUACAAGCAACCCCAGAAUUGAAUGGAAGAAAAUCAAAAACGGAGCUCCCAGUUAUGUAUAUUUCCAAAAGAAAAUAUCAGGUGAUUUAGAGAACAGGGCUUUGCUGAGAGAACCUGCAAACCUGCUGAUCCUGAACGUCAGCAGAUCAGACAGUGCGAUGUAUCGAUGCGAGGUGGUAGCCAUUGAUGACCAGAAAUCCUUUGAUGAAAUCCUUAUCAGUCUGGCUGUGAGAGUGAAGCCAGUGGUGCCACGGUGCAGUGUCCCAAAUUCUGUCACCGCAGGCUCUUCUACAGAGUUACGGUGCAUGGAGAGCGAGGGUUACCCUCUUUCUCACUAUCAGUGGUUUCGCAACAACGAGGAGCUGCCUGAGGAUCCCAAAACCAGUGUCCGCUUUUACAACUCCUCAUACAUCAUGAAUGCUGAGACUGGGUCUCUGAAUUUCAGAACGGCGAGGAAAGAAGAUGCAGGGAAAUAUCACUGCCAGGCCAGAAACGACGCUGGCGCCGCAAAAUGCGCACCACAGCUUAUGGAAGUGUAUGAUUUUGACAUCUGGAUGUUGCUCUUAAAGAUUGUCGCUGGAGUGAUCGCAUUCAUCCUUAUAAUAGUGGGCCUCUGUCAGGCUCAAAAACAUAGCGAGUGUUUCUGCAGGGACCGUACAGAAAACGAUUAUAAAGUUCCUCAGUAUGACAGUGGAAGGGACUGUGUCAGUGUAGAUGAGGGGCAUUUCCGGCACAAAUCCUCGUUUGUCAUAUGACCAGAAAAUGUUCGGAGAUCCACGAGGGACACAGCCGUGCCACCACUACCGCAACGUGACAGCUCUCACAAUGUGAAUUUUCUUCAAAGGUGCAUAAAAACAUGGUGUUCUUUGCCAAAGCAAACAUUGCAGUAUUUUACAGACGUAUUACGAAAUCUUUGGGGAAGUUUUAUUCUUCAUAUUCAUUCGUUGAGCACUUUCUUAAAGGCAACGUAAGGAAGAUUUUAUUUUAUUUUUUUAUGUUAAAGAUUUUUUUUUUUUUUAAACAAUUUCCAGAUCCAGAAUCUGGGAUGUGGGACAUGUGUACAUGGUUCAGGAUUGUUACAAGGAAUUUGUAUUGUUACAAAAUGUGAACAAGAAAGUGCAUCUUUAUUAUGAUGUGUAUAAUCACACAGAGCAGCACAUGACGGGGGGUCGUGCAACUCCGGUCUAAGCUUGUGCGUGUGAGCGUGCCGCGCUUGUCUGUUUUAGAAAUGUGAUGUCGUGGCAGUGUUUCAGUGCAAGUCACGUACGUUGUGAAAGUACAGUGUGAAGUUUUAAACGACUCAGUUUCAGCAUUCAAUGGAAAGUGUUGUGCUAAAAGACGAACUUCUGGUUUCUCUUUGUUAUAUAAUUAUGUUUAAAUAACAGAUAUAUAUAUAUAUAUAUAUAUAUAUAUAUAUAUAUAUAUAUAUAUAUAUAUAUAUAUAUAUAUAUAUACACACACACACACACAUGGUUUCUCUUUCUCCCUUUCUCUAAGUGACCUUCUGUCAUUUUUUCAUUGUUUUAUAUAACUAUUAUUUUUGGCCAGAUCGUCCAGCUUUGUGUUCGUGGUUUAGUCUGUUUGUGGUAUUCGGUUUGUAUCACCGUCAAAUGGAAUUGCUGCGAAGAUCGUGGGUCAAGACCAAUAAUGUAACGAUAACAAUGAUGACUUUUACAAUUCGACACUGUUUGGAAAGUUCUUCUCUUUUGCCCUUUCAGAUGUAAUAGGAUUAGCUCAUUAUCCCGUCGUCCAAAACCUCUCCCAGAUGCCAUCUCAUCCAAUGGCCUUCUAUUCCGAAGAAGCCGUACCUUGACUGUUAAAUAUUCAAAACGUCUUACAAGUUUUGACAAACUGUCUUCCUUGCUGGCAUGUCCCACUGUCUAACCGGGCAGCAUGAAUGACUGUUAAUAAGAAUGCUGUGAAAAUGCACCGUGGAAAAGAAACGUUUUUUUUUUUAGGUGAGCUUCAGAGCAGUGCAGUGGGGUCGUGUCUUCUAUUGGAAACGAAAUAUAUUUACUCCAAAAUGACUGUAGCGGGAAUGUAAAGGUUUGAUUCGAAUAAUCUCGGGGCUUUAUAUCGAGAGAUGUUUGAUUAUGCAUGGCUAAGCAGAACCUGUGCAAGACGAAUUACACAAAAGACGCUUACAGCGAUUUAAUGAAAAUGAUAAAUGUAUAUACAGUAUUUAGCCUCACCACAACUGCCUGUUUGAUACAGAAAUAUUUUAGCGUAUCUUAUACAAGGAAGAGUUCCCGAGUCUAUUCCUUCCCCCUUUAUUACUGUGUGCUGGUUCUUUGUCAGUGUCGGUGUAGUCGUGUUUGCUGCUUAACACAUAUACGGUAUAAGAAGGUGCAUUUUGUCGACUUUAAUUCCAUUUCUAUUCCACAAAUAUCAAUAAAAAUGAUUCUAUUGAUAAAUUCUAUGGAUUCAGAUUUCAAAUACAGAUUUACACUAUAUGGACCAAAGUUUGUGGACACCAUGUGCUUUUUGAACAUCCUAUUCCACAUUUACACAGUUGCUGUGUUGUAAUAACAUCCACUCUUUUUGAAAGAUGUUUCACUAGAUGGUAGGUUGAGGAGUCCUGAGGUGCAGUCAGCUUUUCAAUUUAUCCCAAAGGUCUGCAAUAGAGUGGAGGUCAGAGCUCUAUAGCAGGCCACUCAAGAUCUUUUUAUGUCAUCCCAUGCAAACCGUAUCUUUGUGCACAGGAGCAUUGUCAUGCUGGAACAGGUUUUUUACAGAGAGCAGGGAAUUUUAACGCUUCCACAUCCAAAGGCAUCCGAUAUAAUUGUGUGCCUGCAACUACAACUUCAGCUGGAAAAGUCAGGUGUCUCAAUACUUUUGUCAAUAUCGUGUAUUUUGUUUAUUUGAAAUUAAUGUUAGAUAUCUAUAUAGAGCUUUAUACAUCACAAACACAUUUUAUAUAUAUAUAUAUAUAUAUAUAUAUAUAUAUAUAUAUAUAUAUAUAUAUAUAUAUAUAUAUAUAUAUAAUAUCUGACAUUCCAAGUAUAUUGAAAUGUUUUAUGUGCGUCAUUUACAUGACUGAACGGUAGGUUCACCCGUCGCCUGUUGUUUUAUGUGGUGUUGGUGUUAUGUACUUCUUAUGUAAAGUUUGAACAGCAUUAAACCGGUGUAAAGUUAUGAAGUAUUUAUUUUCUGUAAAGUAGAUGCCAACAUUACUCAGGAGUUUAAAAGAAUUGACAAUUUCUGUAUAUUGUUAGAGUUUUAUCGAUUUUAUUUAAUAAAGAUUUUGUUAUACAACGUA